CUUGACCAGUAGUUACCGCACCGCAAGAGACGGUGCAUGUCUUGUCGAUGUCCGCUUAUCGACAAGCGGUUCGUGCACGCCAUAAACGCUUUAGAUUGUUCGACGCAGCCGGGAAGUUAAAAAAGGGUUUUUCAAUUUGAAUCAUCCAGUUUAUACAGUAAAGUCGAUAUUUGAGCGAUUAAAAUUGUCGCAGCUCGGCCAACUGAAAUAAUAUCAAGUGUACCUAAUGUGCUAGCGCGCCACAGUGACAGUUACUCGUUAAUAACCUGUGACCGAGCGCGGUCAUUCGCUAUGUACAAGUUCAAUAAGUAAAUAGAAAUGGACUGGACACUGUGUCUCCUUUGUGCCCUGAUUUCAAUGACAUCUAUAAUAUGCCACCAACAUAUACCCUCGCCGUACCAUGAGUACGACCAAAGAGAGACAAACCAUGACCGAUUGGAUCAAGCACAACGAGCGAGCGUGCACAACCAAGCUACGCAGCGGAUAAGCGAAGUAGAAGACGAUCAAGAUACUCAGCAGAUAAGCGAGAGCGACCAAGCUACGAAGCGGAUACGAGAAUGGGUCGACAAAGCUACGCAAAGGUGGAGCGAACGAGACGACCAAGCCACACAGAGAAUGAGUGAACGGGCACUUCCUUUAGACAGCGAUCGUCUGAGGCUACAAGAGUUGCAAAGAAGGUUUAAUCAGGAAGAUGAGGGUAGAAUCGUGAAUGUACAUAAAAAUACGGGAUUUCAUUCUACGCCUAGAAGAGGUGUGGCGCCAGACCCGGUGGUAUCACCAGAUGUCGUGGUGUUCCCGGGCCCGAGCCGGCGCUCCGACCAGGCGCAGUUUGUGCCCACCGUGCCGGAGGAGUGCCUCCGCACGGGCAUCUGCGAGGAGCUGCCCGACUACCCGGAGGAUCGCGUCGCCGCCAUCAUUGAGCAGCUCGGCAACGCGACGGACAAGUACAAGGUGGACGAGCUGGACACGCCCGAGAUAGCGCAGCGCAUCGGCCCGCCAGAGGAAAUGGAACUGUGCGAGUUCUCGCUUAAGGUGGUAGUACCGAAGGCAGCUCCGGACAAAGACGGCAACUGGCACUACAUCCUGAACCAGAAGGACAAGCCUUUGCAGGGCUUCCAUGUUGAAAUAUGCAAAGAGGACAAAUCUCCCUGCGCGAAGCUGGCGCACUUCUACUCGGGCUACGAAGCCAGCUGCAAGCAAAAAUACAUGCUUCGCUACAUGGCGGGACUAAACGCUAACGGAGAAAUGGUCGAGAAGGCUUUCAAGCUGCCUAGCUGCUGCUCUUGCGUGGUCCGGCAAAUAGAUUAGGACGAUUACCACCAGACUCAUAGGGUUCACCCUGUUGUGGCAUAAUUUUUUUAUGAAUAAUUCUAUUGUGCAUAAUCGAUUUAGUCAUAAUUGGCUUUGUGCAUAAACUGCUAUGGCAUAGUCAAGUUUAGCAUCAUAAUCUGUUUAGGCAGAUUGUGAUUUGUCCGAAUAUUCUUUGUACAUAGAUUUGGUGCUCCGAAUCAUUUUUACGCAUAAAUUUUAUGUGCAUAAACUUAGUGUUCCGAUUUAAUGUUUUGCCGAAUUUAUUUUGGUAUAACAUCAGUAUAGGUCGAAUUUUACCGUUAUGCAUUAUUUUGUAUAUAAUUAAAAAAAAAUUUACAAUAAUAAAAAUACUUUACAAAAAUAAUUGUUACUACCAGUAUUACAACAUUAGUGGAGCAAUAACGAUCUAAUUCGUCUUUGCUCAGUAAUUAGUCACAGGAGUUGAUAAGUUUGACAAAGUUUAUUUAUUUAUUAUUA